GCUUAGAUGGGCGUGGUCUGAGUUUAGGAGUCGGUAACCCACGUGUUCUGGCGGAGAAGGGGAUGAAGGGGAAACGGAGCCAAGUGCAGGAUGGCGACCAUGCCAAGGAUGGCGUCACGUCUCAGUCUCUCCAGGACACCAGUAAGCCUCCAGCUUCUAAGCCAAAAGCUAAAAAAGCAGCAAAGAGACCCUCGAAGCCUAACAGUCAGAGGCCUGCAAAAAUGCAGAAGACCAAUGAGAGCAAACCCUUAACCACCGAGGAGCUGAUCCAGCUAAAGGAGACCGAGCAGCUAUACCACACCAGCCUACUGCGUAUGCAGAUCGACGAGCUGCUGCAGGAAGUGAGACUGAAGGACAAGAGGAGGAAAAGCAUUGAUGAUUUCGUGCAGAAGAUCAGUGACCUCAUUCAGAACAUCCCGAAGACUUCAGAGACAGACCUGGUGGACCAGUCCUGGCUCCUGAAUUCUGUGAAGGUUCCCUUCCUGCAGAUUCCAUAUCAAGUAAAGGGCAAAUUUCACUUCCAACCCCCGUCCUCCAUCAAGGUGGUGGGGAGUUACAUGCUGGGGACUUGUAUUAAGCCGGAGAUCAAUGUGGACGUUGCAGUCACUAUGCCGCAGGAAAUCCUCCAAGCAAAAGAUAACCUGAACCAGCGGUACCUGAGGAAGAGGGCGCUAUACCUGGCACACAUUGCUACUCAGCUGGCAGAGAGCGAGCUCUUCAGCAGCGUCAGGUUUGCAUAUAUGAACAGCAACCACUUGAAACCAGUACUGCUACUGAGGCCACAUGGCAAGGAUGAGAAGUUGGUGACUGUCCGAAUUCACAUUUGUCUUCCUCCUGGGAUGUUUAAGUCCAGCCGAUUCUCUCCUAGCAAGAACAAUGUGCGGACUGCCUGGUACCUGGAGGAUAACACUGUCCCUGAUGCAGAGGGAGCCGGCGAGCCACCCACCCCACACUAUAACAACGCCUUCCUGUGUGACCUGGCUAUGGAGCAGCAUUUUGACCACCUGUCCAGCUGUAUGUCCGACUUCCCCAGCAUGAAAGAUGGAAUUGCUAUCCUAAAAGUCUGGUUACGCCAACGGCAGCUUGACAAGGGUUAUGGCGGCCUUAAUGGCUUUGUGGUGUCCAUGCUCGUGGCGUACUUGCUGUCCAGGAAUAAAAUCAACAAAGCCAUGAAUGGACAUCAGGUUCUGAGGAACACCCUGCAGUUCUUAGCGAACACAGAUCUGACCGUCGAUGGAAUUACAAUGUCAAAAUCCCCAGACUCUUCAUUGCCCUCCGUAGCAGAUUUCCAUCAGGCGUUUGAAGUUGUAUUUGUUGACCCCCUGGGAGUCGUGAAUCUCUGCGCUGAUAUGACGGCUGCCAAGUUCAAGCAGAUUCAGUAUGAGGCCAAGGAAUCGCUCAGAGUCCUGGACGACGCCAACAGCAAUGGCUUUCUUCUCGUCCUCAUGGUGCCCAAGCCUUUUGUAAGAACGUUUGAUCAUGUCUUCCACAUUACACAAGUGUCCAGACUGCAGAAGACCUGCAAGAAGAUGAAGUUAUUGAACGAGCUGAUAGACCGAGGAGGCGAUUAUGUGUUGGCCGCUCUGCCCUUCAUCAUGUCUGUGCUCAAGAAAGGCCUGAACGAGCGCGUGGUCCUCCUGUCCCAUGCCCUGCCGCAGGAGCUCGAGUGGGACAUAUCACAGGAGCCAGCAAAGCACAAGGACAUUGGCUCCCUGACCGUGGGACUAAUGCUUGCUGCAGAUUUCUUUUCCAGUGUCUUGGAGAAGGGACCGGCGGCAGAUAGCCCAGAGGCUGCCGAUUUCCGAAGUUUCUGGGGAGAAAAGUCUGAGUUACGUCGGUUUCAGGAUGCAUCUAUAUGUGAGGCUGUAAUGUGGCCGGCAAGCAACCUGCAAGAGAAACGCCGCAUUCCUGAGCUCAUCAUAAGGCACCUUCUUCAUCUACAUGCCGAUAUUCCCGAAUCUUCCAUUCAUUAUGCCGGCAACCUCCUGGAUUGUGUAUUAACCAAGGAAAAAAAGGGAGGUACAGGAGAGGAGCAGAUGGUCAGUGCCAUCCAGUCUUAUGAUGACCUGAGCAGGAAGCUGUGGAGCCUGGAUGACCUUCCACUCACGGUCACUGCGGUCCAGGGAACGCACCCUGCGCUGCGCUACACGGAUGUGUUUCCUCCUACUCCGGUGAGGCCAGAUUGGACUUUGUAUAAAUCAGUGUCUGACAAGAAGUAUCUGGUUCCGUUGUUGGAAAAGCCUAGUCCAGCCUAUAUGUCUCCUAUAAAAGUGAUUUGUCACAUAGAAGGAAGUGGGAAAUGGCCUCAAGAUAAAGAUGCCGUUAAGAGGGUGAAAGCCGCCUUUCAGAUUCGGCUGGCGGAACUCUUAAAAGACCAGCAUGAAUUACUUUGCAGAGCCACCGCCACUUAUACUGAUGUCUACAAGGAUGGCUACCUUUUUCGUCUUCAAGUGGCGUAUCACAGAGAGCCGCAGCUCAUAAAGCAGUUCGUCACUCCAGAUAAAAUGCUGAAGUCACGCGACACAGAACAAUCGCGUCAGCUCGAGCUGGAAACCAUUCACUUGCCACAUCUGACGAGCACCCUGCAUGGCCUCCAUCAGCAGCUUCCAGCGUUUGGCAGCACCUCGCGUCUUGCCAAGCGCUGGAUCAGUGCUCAACUCUUUGCUGACAGCGUCCCGGAGGAGUGUGUGGAUCUUCUUGUGGCCUAUCUCUUUCUGCAUCCUGCACCGUUCACUACUCCAAGUUCUCCCCAGGUGGGCUUCCUCCGAUUCCUUAAUCUGUUGGCCUCCUAUGACUGGAAGAACAGCCCCCUCAUUGUUAAUCUCAAUGGAGAUCUGACUGACACUGACCGCACUGAGAUUCAGAAUGACUUUACUGAGGCACGUGCUGAGCUCCCGGUAAUGUUCAUUGCAACUCCAGUGGACAGGAAGAUGUCCUUGUGGACCAAGCAAAAGCCAACUGCUCAGAUCUUGCAGCGUCUCAUCAUCCUCGCCUCGGAGUCUCUGCUGACCCUGGAGAAGCAGCUGAUGCAACCAUCUGAGAGCAGCGACAUUAAGAUGAUUUUCCGUCCUCCCCUGGACCUUUAUGACGUCCUCAUCCACCUGAACCCCAAGCACAUCCCCCGGCACAGGGAAGCUGUGGAUCAGCCCAUCAAGUCCUUUGUCCGGGGGCUUCUGAAGGAGAACGCUUCGGGCAGGGUGUCCCGCUUCCCCGUUGUGGACUAUGAUCCUGUCCAGUUAUAUCUGAGCGAACUCAGGGAGUCUUAUGGGGAAUUUGCCUUGUUCUUCUAUGACACUCAUGGAGGAGAAGUAAUCGGCGUUAUCUGGAAUCCAUCCAGCUUCACACCGCAGCCCUUUAAGAUGACCAAUGUGAAUGGCAGAAUACUAGACGCAAAGAGUAACAGCUUGCUACUGGUCCCUAACGUGGAUGCCAUAUUGGAGGAUUUUAAGAUUUUAGGGGAGGGGUUGGUCAAGAGCAUCGAAUGCCAAUCUGAGAGGUGGAAUAUCUAGAUGAAGGACACCAAGUACUGGGAGACACUGGACAUCCAGCAUGUGGGACUCCAAGGACAGACCAGUCAUCAAUGUGAAUUAUUCAUAAAUAUAAUAUUUUUAUGUAAUAUUAAGAACUCCGGGGCUCGUGGAUCAGGGUCAUUUCAGACAUAUUUAGAGACUGUAUUUUCAAAGGUGUUAUGAUUUUUCGAUUUUAUUUUAUUUUUUACACCCAGACUCUCACCAAUUGAUGCAUUUCAAAAUGAAAUACAGUACAUUCUGUUAUUUUCAAGCCAUUUCCUAAUUAUUCAUCUUGAGUGAAUAAUAUUUCAAGAUCUACAUUUUUGUAUAAUAAAUGUAAAGUUCCUCCA